CAGCAGGACGGACUACUUUACUUUUCUUCUCGAGUCGUUUCCGGUCUGCGUCCUUUCUCUAAAAGUGUUUUCACGGUUGUCCGGGUCGCUUUAGUGUUUCGGUAAAGUUUGUUAAACUCAUAGACGCAGCAGCUUCCGGGAUGAACAUGCUGCUGCGGCGCUGUUACCUGCUGCGGAGGGUCGGAACACGCAGAGAUGUCCACAUGACGGCGCCCUCAGCGACCUUUGACAUGAGGAAAGUGGAGCUGAUGCCUCUGGAGCAGAGAAAGCUCACGUUUGACUCUCACACCAUGGCGACGGAGCUGGAGAGCAGCGGUUUCUCAAAGCGUCAGGCCGAGCUGAUCGUCUCCGCUCUCGUUACCUUGACGACGGCCAACAUGGACAUCGUCUAUAAAGACAUGGUGACCAAAGCUCAUCAGGAAAUCGCAUUGCAGCAGAUCGUAGCUCACCUGGACUCCAUCAGGAAGGACAUGGUGAUCCUGGAGAAGAGCGAUUUCGCAAACCUGCGAUCGGAGAACAUGAAAAUGAAGCGAGAGUUGGAGCAGCUGCAGAACAGAAUCAAGGAGGAGAGUAAGAAAGUCAGAGCAGAAUCCAAACUGGACAUUAACCUGGAGAGCAGCAGGAUCUCUGACAUGUUCACAGAGCAGGAGAAGAAACUGAUGGAGGCGAGUACAGAGUUUCAUCACAAGAAAUCCGACCUGGAACACGACAACAUGGAGAUCAAUAAGAAGAUGGACCUGCAGGUGGCGUCGCUCAAAACCCUCCUCGAGUCUCUGAAGCUGGAGACCAUCCGCUACCUGGCAGCAACUGUAUUCUCGUGUCUCGCCAUCGCUCUGGGAGUUUACCGCCUGUGGAGGUGAAGAAACAACGGACUGACCACUCACCUUCAUCCGCUGCACAAACUGGUUCCUGUUUCAUCACCCGGAGUGGGCGGAGCUUCUGCUGCUGCUACAAAUGUAGACAUUGUUCGCAUGCGUCAACACCCGGCUAGUAAACGGGCCGGGGCGCUCUUAUUGGAAGUUUAAUGGUAAACUAUUAAAGAUUGUACUAAACAAACCUCAGAGAUUAUAAAUAGUCAAACAGGAGGUUCUACUCGGAUCAUUUUUUAAAGUCUCAGUAACGUUUUACUCCUCAAUGUUGGAUCGAACACAUUUUAUUAUUUUCAGCCGACAGUCACUUUUACUCCAUGAGGGUUUUAAAUGCUGAACUUUUACACGUUACUAUGGCAACUUCAAUGUAUGAAAAAGAUCGGCGUGCUCCUGUCAGUCGUGUACUCGCUGCCGGAGAAAUAAAAAGUGUUGCAGUCAAAAUGUUCUUAAUUUUAAACUUCCUGUGUGAGGAAACGCCCUGUGGACAAAUGAGGCUUUUAUUUUGGUGACGCGUCCCUUUAAGAGUUUGAUGUGUUUGUGUGUCCUUAGUGUUGCUAUGGAAACACAGUGACCGGUCAGAAGCGGAUCUUUCACGGUGAUCGACCAGUGAUGUUUGAAUGGGAGAAUUUGUUUUGUUUUGUAAAUAAACUGAUCAGCAACA